AGGUUCUCAGUCAAAACUCCCUCUCUGCCACACAGCCUAGCAAGAAGGAGCUUUGUUGCUGAACGGCCGAGUUCACUAUGUGUGGAUUCUUCAGAACGCCAUUGCUGGUGGUGUCCGCUCUGUGCAUCUCGGGCAUCGAUGCCUUCUCGCACACCGGGGCCUUCCACCAGGGGCUUGCGAGGCCCACUCUGCGACGCGCCAGGUUGUCGACCUCGAGGCACGCUACCAUGACGCAGACGGCUCCGAGCAACACCAGGCCUCCUGUGGGACUCGUUGAUCUCCUCACUAAGUACGCGUGGGGACAGCAGGAUCCGGGCAUCCCCCUGCCGAUCAAAGCGAUCCCUGGGCAGCCUCCCGAGCCAACCAACGCCGUGACAAAGGAGCACCUGGAGACGCUCUACCGCGACGGCGUCGUUCACAUCCCGGGAGUGCUCGACGAGAAGUGGGUGGAGUACCUCCGAGCGAUCACAGACUGGCAGAUCGAGAACCCGCACAUCUGGGCUGUUCCAGGCGUUGCCUCCGGCCUGUACGACUACAUCCAGAGGUCCGCGUGGACGACCAACACAGGAUUCGCUGAUUUCUUGUACUAUAGUCCUGUCGCUUCAGUGCUGGGAGAGAUGGCCAAGUGCGGAUGGUUCCCCGAGGGAGACAAGAGGGGUUUCCACGAGAUCCGCAUCUCCACCGACCUCCUCAUGGUCAACCCGAACAAGGGCUUCAAGUGGCACCAGGACAACCAGAACGGACCUCUGACCUCGGGCCAUGGCGGCAAGCUCGACGCCCUUCGGUUCUGGGUGACCCUGGACGAGACGCCUCCUGACUACGGCGCUCCUGUCUACCUCCGCCGGUCCCAUCUGAACGAGUACGUGGGCAAGGACGAGGUGUUUGUGAACCUGGAGGACGGGGAUCUCCCUCAGUUCGCCGAGGACGUUGUGGAGUUCCGGCCGAAGCCCGGCGACAUGCUUAUCUGGCACCCUCGUUCGAUCCAUAAGGUCGACGGAGCUCCCAACGGAGACUGGGGAGGGCGCAAGCGUCGGGUGCUGGGAGGGACUGUGGCGAUCGACGACGCCCAGUACCAGGGGAAGAAGAAGGCUCUCUUCUCCGACAUGGGCAACCACAACCUCAAGCAGGGGGAUCCGCUCAAGUCGCCUUUCUUCCCCAUCAUCUACCCGCAGUCCGACCCUUACGAGAGGGAGUUCCGCGCGCAGGGCAAGGUCGGAAGGUCGUUCGGAGGAUUCACAAGAAUGGUCAAGUCCUUGUUCACCACGGAGAACCUGACGCAGUUCAGCUCCUGGUCCAAGGUUGUGCAGAAUGCGAAGAAGGUUGCCGAGGUCAACGAGCCCUUCCUGUGGGAGAAGCAGGCGAGAACGAUCGUCAAGGAGGAGUACUCCAAGGCGCUGGCAAGGCAAGGAGCUGCUCUUCAGAAGUUCGAGGAGCUUCUCGGAAGUGGGAAGUGAAAGGGAGGGGAAGGUAGAGGGAGCAAGUGAGAAUGUUUUUGUGAUUUAGGAGGAGAGGCGGCGGCGCGGGGAGAGGAGGGCAGGGACAUGUUGGGGGGGGCCGUUUCCGAGACUGUGAGCAUAUAAAAUAAAAAACAGCAAGAC